AUGUCUGUCUCACCACUGGUUGCCAUAUUGAGUCAGGAGAGUGAGACCCCCACUCUGAGCCAACCUGUAACCGUGGCCUCAGCUAGGGAGUUGCUAGGUAACAAGAACCAGCUGUUGGUCCUAAGCCAUUGAGCCCCUCUUGGCUCUUUAUCUACAUUAGGAAAGAGAGCAGAUUCUAUAAAACCCCAUUCUGAGCUUGGCGACAGCACAGCGGCAUAGCCCUGACAUCACCGCGCCAUGGAAAAUCCUCCUCACUUCCUUUUGUUUUCUCAGUUUUAUCGUUCAACGGGCUGGUAACUAGAGGCCAGGGUAGAUGUAUUGAACGUAUCACACACAUACUUUAGCCAUUGGGGCUGUGUUUUGUCACCUUUCUCACACUUAUCCAUGAAAGAGAAUUAGAGAAAGGCAGAAUGAGAGUGGAUGGAUGAUGAAAGCCAGGGGGUGGUUUAGAUUGAAAGAGACAGCUAUUCCCAUAAUUAGGGAUGGGGGUUUGAAAGAAUUGUACUAUUCGAAUAGAAUCAUACAUUGUUGGCGGAUAUCAGGGUAUUCGAAAUACAUGUAUUUUUUGUAUAUUAGUUAUAACUUUUUUUUUUACUUACGUUUUUAACCUGAGCACUGCUGUUCUAGGGAGAGAGGCUGGCGCUCUAUUGAUGCAGCUGUGGAGGUGCCGGUGUAUGAUCAGAUGGGAGCGAGCAGACGGAUGGAGAGAGAGGCAACUCGGCUACAGACAAGACUAGCUAACUUGUAGCAGCCACAAUGUUAUUUAUCAUCCCAUAUAACAGUGUCUGUCUUGACUAGAGUAGCCAGUUAGCUAGCUAGCUAGGCUAUUUGAGGCCACAUGCUGCGCUUUCUACUCAAUUAUUCAGAUAAAACAACAGCCUACCUGUUGGUUGCUCAUUGUAGCCUACUCCUUCUCAUUUUGCUAACUUUUUAUUCCAUAAUUUAAUUCCAUCUUGCGUUGCAUUAGUGAACUAACUCUCCACUAGCUACACAUUGAGCCUCUUUGCCGAUUUGAUUGGCCAACAUAAACAACAAGCUACACAGGUAAAGGCUACCGGUUGGCUACCAGUCUUUUUAUGGGGCGCAUGUCAUAAAAACGCAAUUGAAAAGUUUGUUGUUUUAUAAAAUGUAUAAUUUGAAAUGUCAUGGUAUAUUCUUGUAUGCAACAAUGUCACAUGGAUAUUUUAAUUUAAUUUAGAAAAAGCCUUUAAUGUAUUUUUCUUGCAAAAAUGAAUACUCACACAGGUAUUCGAAUACUAACGUCCGGUCAGAUAUUUGAAUAAUCGUGCACAUUUCUACCCAUAAUCUGUUGCGGAAAACCUGAUCGGAGAACAGGGGGAGUGCAACACUCCCUUAAUUAGUCAAACUAUCUCACUGUUCUAUUAGCAAGUAUGCUAAACUGUUUGUUUCCAGAUAGGACAUUGUUACUGGAACUAUGCAGCAUGUAAACAACAACGUAUCGGGUAUGUGAGACAGUCUUUGGUGUCUCAAGGUGGUCCAUUUCUACCUCAAAGCUGGGUCUUCUGUCAGGAAACUUGUACUAACAGCUGACCGUUAGUCUUUUAAAGUAAAUGUGAAAUGAGACACACAGAAAUAUCACAGCAUAUCACUCAUUCUGUUAUUUGAAGGGUACUUAAAGAAGGGUACAAAGUGAGUUAGCUUACAAAUGACGGCAUACAAUAGUAUGGCCGCUACUAAUGAAAUACAACUCAAGUUCCAAGAGAAACGGAAGAGAAACGGAAGAGAAACUGAUGAGAAAAUUAAAAUGAGGGAUUGUUUCUCAAUUGUUUUGCUCUCUUUAGGAAAUUAUUCUCAUCUGUGACUCAUCCUCUGGCAGCGGAGAAUAAGAACUAUGAUCAGGCUUCCAAAUGGGAACUAGACACCCCAUCGUAUUCUCUGAGGGAAAAGCACAUUUCUAUGAAUGUUUUUUCUAUUUAUUUUGUCAGAAUCCAAAAAGGUUUUUAGUGGCAGAACAUCUGGGCUUUAUCUGUGGAUGGAUGCUCAUGUCUCUCUGCUCUCUGACAGCUUCGUUCAUACUGGCCUGGUGUCAAUCUCAAGCUCAUCUCGGGAGCAGUAUCACAACCACACUGCAUGGUGGUGACACACUUCCUUGUGAGUCUCAGAGCAACGUCAUCUAUUGGUUGUGUUAGUGUUCUUUGAUAAUAAUGCAGAGGAAAUAGAGUAAAAUUGUCUACAUUUGUUUCCACUUAAGCACAUAGACCAUAGGCCAAAUAGUAUCUCCUGUAUUUACGUAGCUCAGGGUGUAGUAAAUGAUUAUCUAUUAACUAUGAAGUGUAUCAACUUGGUGGCUUCAAAAGUUACAGUGGCAUCUUUAUCCACUAAAACAAAGGGCUCAUUUAAUAUUUUCUCCCUCAAAAUGAGCCUAAUAUCUUGUCUACUGUGUAGGCUCUCCACCCUGUUUUGACUAGUGUUUACCCCUGCACUGGUUUCCUAUGACACAGGUGUUGGGUGGGGCUCAGGCUAGUCUGCCAAAUUCCCAUGGUGCUAAACAGACCAGUGCAUUUAGCACAGAGGAGGGUGAGACACAUUGCCAGGCUGGAUUAUAAGUCUGUAAGUGCUGAUCCAGGACCAGCUGUGGUGGUGGGUUUGAUUGGACACACAACUGUAACUUCAUGUUUGGUUCCCGGAAUGCACAGGUUCCUGGCGGCGGAUAUCAGGACCCACAACUAGGAACUUCACAGUUUGCCCUGGGUACGGCCUUGCACCCGAUCCUUGGGAUGUUAGCUGGCACAAAUGUAGAUCUCCUGAGCUAGUUUUCAUUUCAGUGAUCCUCAAGGGAGAGAGUCAGACCCUAUUAGCUGUCUGUUCCUGGUAGCAAAUUGGUUGAGAAUCACUGCUUGGGUAGCUAACACAAGUCUUGGUGUCUCUGGCAAUGUUACUUAUCACAUGAGUGUGGUUCAUAGAACCACGUGGGUUGCAUAAGCACUGGUCCUGGACCAGCUGUGGUUAUGAGAUCCCAGAGGACAUAUCAGUUCUGUAAUGAUGUGGGAUCCCAUGGGGAACAGAGCUAGCCAACAAGAGCAGCUGGACUGGAUGAAUCCACUCCAACUGUGUGUGCGUGCCUGUGAGCAGUGUGUGUGUGUGUGUGUGCUGGUGAGUUUUUGCACAUGUGUGUGUGCGUAUCUGUUCAUCUUCACUCUAUUUUCAGAUUAUCCAGAACAUGUAUGCAUACAUUAGUAUUGCAUUAUGGCAUUAAGAACAUACUGGUACAGUAUGGAGCUGUAGCACAUUUGACGUGAUGUGACUUGCAUUUCAUAGAAGGUGGAGGCGUGACUUGCCUUUCAUAGAAGGUGGAGGCGUGACUUGCCUCAUGUUGUUUUCUCCCAGGCUGCUUUAAGAAGCUCUUCAGAAUUUUUGACCAGGUAUUAGGUCCUCAUUAGGCUCUCAUUAGUAGCUAAUUAACCAGCAAUUUAUCAUGUAUUUAGCACAGCUUCUUAUUCGGUCUUAUUAGGGUGCUGAAAGUCUAUUAGCCACAAGGUAAUAAUGAAUCAUAAGUAUAUUGACCCACUUCCUACAGUGUUGCCAGUUUUCCGCCAGCCUCUUAUCUGUGUGUGUGUGUGUGUGUGUGUGUGUGUGUGUGUGUGUGUGUGUGUGAGAGAGAGAGAGAGAGAGAGAGAGAGAGAGAGAGAGGGAAGUAGGGGGAAGAGAGAUACAGAGAGAGAGAGAAAAUAUCUUCUCAACCACUAGGCCUAUAGGACCUGCACACUGCAGCAAAUACACUACAUGGCCAAAGAUAUAUGGACACCCCUUCAAAUCAGUGGAUUUGGCUAUUUCAGCCACACCCGUUGCUGACAGGUGUAUACAAUCGAGCACACAGCUAUGCAAUCUCCAUAGACAAACAUUGGCAGUAGAAUGGCCCGUACUUAAGAGCUCAGUGAGACAGAGAGAGAGAGAGACCCUCUGCUCCCGGCUAAUAGGGUAUUUGAAAGAGGUUGUUUUUAUCUGUGCUAUGUUAAUGGGGGGUAUUAGGAGACUCUGGUGUGUGUCUGUGGAACAGUAUUUUACUUCAGAGCACCCUGCAUAGUCCCUGAACUGUGCAAUGUAUAGCUAUAUUGACCACUCUUCCAGGGAUAUUGAUGCUGUAGGUGCCCUAUUCACUCAAUUGUAAAGAGCAAUAUUGUCAUGGCAAUUUCCUUCCUCGGCGCUCCUUCAUGUACAAGGCUGUGAGAGUUGAUUUGACACAGUGAGAGGCACAGAGACACUAGCCCAUGAUCAAAUCUAUGCACUAGCCUUUCCCAACUCCUCCACACUCACAUGGCUUAGUGGUGACCUCAGUGGAUACUGGCUGUCUGUCACAGCUGUGACAUUAUACAGGAUGUCUAUAGGUGCUCUAUAGGGUGUACUGUAUGAAAAUAUGUUUCUCAUUCAGCGCUAUCCCUACCAUCACCUUAUGAUUUUAACCUCCCUGGUUCCUGCCACCAAGACAAAUUUCAUACAUUUAUUAGGCUGGAUUCAGUUUAGGAUGUUGUGGUUAGCUGGGUUUUGUUAUUGCUAAAAACUAAUGGAAAACCAAAGAGUGUUAUCGUAAAGCACAUUAUUUUGGUGUUACAUUCUGACACAUUUCUAUGUAUUCUCUUUUGUAUUCCUGAUGCUAUCUUGUGUUCUCAUUCAACGGGCACAGGGUACAGUUCUUGCGACAGAGUGCUGAGAGAAAAUCUCAGAUCUGCUCCCCAGCAGCACAGAUGCCACUAAAUAAAAUAUUUCAUAAUCCUGCCCAAAUCCUGUAAUCACCAUGACAACAGCAGUAGGGAGCGAGGGAGCGAUGGAGGAGUGGUGUGAACUUCCCCACUUUCCUUUUUUUUGUUCCAUUCUGUCCAGUCACUCUUCUCUUUUUCUCUCUGUCUCUUCUUGAAUUGUAUCUCGGGAGUUGGCUAGGUACUGUAGCUCACUGGUGUGUUACCGUUGAAGCUCCAGGGAUGAUUCAUUGGUGUUAUUAUGAGGUGUGUGGAGAAGGUCGAGAUAUUGUGGUCUAUAGUAUGAGACUGUAACAGAUACAGAAGACAAGUGUGUGUGUGUGAUUGCUUAGGUGUGUGUGCAUACAUACACACACACACACACACACACACAAACUGCCCCUGCAGGGUUGUGAUAUGGUGGGAGUGACCUCAUAAGGUGAAAGGCCUUGUUCCCUGGUGUCUGGAGUUACCGGGAGUCACAUCAUGAGACACAGAAGAGGUGUUGGUUAUUUCAGGAAGUGUUGAGUGUGUUAUUGAUCUGUCUUACCAGGUUAGAGGGAGAUGAUAGUGAAGAGCACUCAGUUCAGUUUGAGUUAGAGCAUUCAUUGUACCAAACUGUCAGUCUUCACAGUAAAUAUCUUGUGUAUGUGCAUGUGCAUGCGUGUGAAGAUUGCAUACGCACAUCCAAUGUCUUUGACAAGGUUCUGUCCUGUUAAAAAGAGACUCCACACACGGCAAUCUAUACUCCCAUGUGGUUUAUUGUUGACAAUGUUCUGACCCUUGAGGUUUUCAUUAGGUUUCCUGUGUCGUGUGUCUUACAGUACUCUACUGUAACUGCUGUGUGUGCUUUAGGGAGGCUUCAUAAUUAACACCUCUCUCCCUCUCUCUCUCGCUCUGUCUCUCGCUUUGUAGGUAUCCGGCCCCAGAUCAUGAAUGGGCCCAUGCACCCUCGCCCCCUAGUGGCCCUGUUGGAUGGACGUGACUGUACAGUCGAGAUGCCUAUCCUCAAAGACCUGGCCACUGUCGCCUUCUGUGACGCCCAGUCCACACAGGAGAUCCAUGAGAAGGUACAACACACACUUACCCACGUACGCCCACUCUUUCACGCGCUGGCACGCACACACACGCACACACACACACGCACACACACACACACACACAUACAGGCACACGUUACACACUACACACUGAGACUACAUGGGCUUCCACAAAAGAAUAAGCCUUAACAAUGUGCAUACCCUCAAUUCAAACUGUAGCUCUUUUCAUGCCCCCCCCCCCCUCCUCCUCCCCCUCUCCUCCUCCUUUUCCCCCUUAUUCACCCCUCCUCCUCUCACUCUUCUCUUUCUGUAACAUAAAACUGAUAUUGCAGUACAGUAUAUUGGCUCUCCCAGUGAUUUCAUUAUGAUUUCAUGUCAUUGGGUGUCAGUGUGCUCCUCCUCUCCUCUGGUUGUUAAAUAGAGAGGCUGGUUAUGAGAAAGGAAUGUCAUAGUAUACUGAGCUAGCUAUAUCUGCAAUAUACCAGUGCAAAAUAAAAUCUUCCCCUCUUCAUGUAAAGUACUAAAUGUGCAAAAAGGUUGUUAAAGCUGCAAUAUGUCACUUUUUGGGCGAUCAACCAAAUUCACAUGUGAGUUAUAAAUCAUUAUAAUUGAAAGCAAGUCUAAGAAGCAGUAGAUCUGUUCCAUGUGCUCUAUUUCUAUGCUUCCCGUUCUUAAGUUAAGUUUUUGCAUCUUUUGCUUUCAGUUUUGUUCACCAGCUUCAAACAGCUGAAAAUACAAAUUUGGUUAUAGAAAAUAUAUUGCACAGCGGUUUAGAUGGUACAAUGAUUCUCUACACAAUGACUGCUUGUUUUGUCACAAACUGACAUUAGGUGAACUAUUAGAGCGUAGCGAUUUCUGCAUAUUGCGUCUUUAACAAAGCAAAACAAUUUCCAUAUAUUGUGUAUGUUGACCUUACAGUUUAUCAGUGUUGAAAACCCUAAUAAUCAGUGAUAAUCAAAUUGCCUGUGUUCUUGUUAACACGGUUUGUUGACAUAUCUUUUGUCAGCAAAGGACAUUUUGAACCAUUAAAAAAUAUAUAUUUGGGUGUGAUGCACAGAGAGAGCGAGUGAGAUUGGAAAAUAGAAAGGGUUGGAUGGAUGGAGGGAAGGAAGGAGAAAGUGAGAGGAAAAAUAGGACCCGGGUUCUGUUGACCACUUUUGACACGCUUCUCUCUGGACCCUGGCCGCUCCCCUGCUCACACACACCAAGGCCUUUCUGUCCAAACAGCUAUUGUUUGCGCAUACAUUACACAGCGAGGCUGCCUGGCCUGGGUGUAGAGAUAUUGACAGAGCUCCCGCCUUUGUCUACGAGUCAGCAGAGACAGCAGAAGUUGCACUUCACACACACGAGAGGAGAAAUGGCCGACACUCACAUGCAAACAAACCACUAACGUUGGCUCAAACACACAGGCUCAAAUACAAACAAACUCAUACACACACACAUGCUGACUCACAUUUACACAUACACACACUUCACCUCUCAUACACACAAAUUCACACACUUUCAUCAUACAUACUGAAACACACACGCUGCUGCCUCUGCAUGCAUCGCCUGAGAAAGAUGAGCCAAGUUAGUUCCCUGACAGGAGCCUGAAUCUGUAUGUUACAAUGACUCACUCAUUUCAAAGCAAUGCUAGCGUGCUCUCAUCAUGUUUUGGUGCUGACUUAUCACUCUAUGCUGUGUUGUGUGGGCAAAAGGGUUAGCAUGCUAGCAUGUUAUCUUUCCCUCUGAUGUCAGAACAAUGUAAGAAGUUUAACCAUCUGUUUGUGGACUUGAUACCAUGAGUAAGUGAGUGAAUUGAUACAAAUGAGUCUUUAGCAUUAUAUCAGCUUUUAUCUGUACAAUAGAGUGGUGUACCGAUACCACUCCACCCCCACACAAACUCUCCUCGCAUAAUUUUGAAAAACUUUCCUGUUAACAUCUAUUGGGUUGAGUCCAUCCAAUUUUUUUACAUUUUAGUCAUUUAGCAGACGCUCUUAUCCAGAGCGACUUACAGUUAGUGAGUGCAUACAUUUUUCUUACUGGCCCACCGUUGGAAACGAACCCACAACCCUGGCGUUGCAAGUGCCAUGCUCUACCAACUGAGCUACAGGAGGCCUAGAUAACAUCUCCCUUUUGAAGACAAUGGUAUGGAAGGAACAUAGAACUGGAUCCUUGACAAAGAGCUUAGAGAAAAUGUAUGUGAAAUCAAAUAGAGAUUGUAAUGGAAGCAGGACGGAAAUAUCGUUGUGUCAUUUCAAGUCAGGAAUCAUAAUUCUUAAUCAAAGUAGUUAUUGCGACAAAUUAUAGAUUUUGUUCUUAAUUUGAGAAUAAAAAAUUCAAAAUAAAUGAUUUUAAAGGUUUUAAUUAAAUUAAGACAUACUACAGUGGGGAAAAAAAGUAUUUAGUCAGCCACCAAUUGUGCAUGUUCUCCCACUUAAAAAGAUGAGAGAGGCCUGUAAUUUUCAUCAUAGGUACACGUCAACUAUGACAGACAAAAUGAGGAAAGAAAAUCCAGAAAAUCACAUUGUAGGAUUUUUUAUGAAUUUAUUUGCAAAUUAUGGUGGAAAAUAAGUAUUUGGUCAAUAACAAAAGUUUCUCAAUACUUUGUUAUAUACCCUUUGUUGGCAAUGACACAGGUCAAACGUUUUCUGUAAGUCAUCACAAGGUUUUCACACACUGUUGCUGGUAUUUUGGCCCAUUCCUCCAUGCAGAUCUCCUCUAGAGCAGUGAUGUUUUGGGCUGUCGCUGGGCAACACGGACUUUCAACUCCCUCCAAAGAUUUUCUAUUGGGUUGAGAUCUGGAGACUGGCUAGGCCACUCCAGGACCUUGAAAUGCUUCUUACGAAGCCACUCCUUCGUUGCCCGGGCAAUGUGUUUGGGAUCAUUGUCAUGCUGAAAGACCCAGCCACGUUUCAUCUUCAAUGCCCUUGCUGAUGGAAGGAGGUUUUCACUCAAAAUCUCACGAUACAUGGCCCCAUUCAUUCUUUCCUUUACACGGAUCAGUCGUCCUGGUCCCUUUGCAGAAAAACAGCCCCAAAGCAUGAUGUUUCCACCCCCAUGCUUCACAGUAGGUAUGGUGUUCUUUGGAUGCAACUCAGCAUUCUUUGUCCUCCAAACACGACGAGUUGAGUUUUUAACAAAAAGUUCUAUUUUGGUUUCAUCUGACCAUAUGACAUUCUCCCUAUCCUCUUCUGGAUCAUCCAAAUGCACUCUAGCAAACUUCAGACGGGCAUGGACAUGUACUGGCUUAAGCAGGGGGACACGUCUGGCACUGCAGGAUUUGAGUCCCUGGCGGCGUAGUGUGUUACUGAUGGUAGGCUUUGUUACUUUGGUCCCAGCUCUCUGCAGGUCAUUCACUAGGUCCCCCCGUGUGGUUCUGGGAUUUUUGCUCACCGUUUUUGUGAUCAUUUUGACCCCACGGGGUGAGAUCUUGCGUGGAGCCCCAGAUCGAGGGAGAUUAUCAGUGGUCUUGUAUGUCUUCCAUUUCCUAAUAAUUGCUCCCACAGUUGAUUUCUUCAAACCAAGCUGCUUACCUAUUGCAGAUUCAGUCUUCCCAGCCUGGUGCAGGUCUACAAUUUUGUUUCUGGUGUCCUUUGACAGCUCUUUGGUCUUGGCCAUAGUGGAGUUUGGAGUGUGACUGUUUGAGGUUGUGGACAGGUCUUUUAUACUGAUAACAAGUUCAAACAGGUGCCAUUAAUACAGGUAACGAGUGGAGGACAGAGGAGCCUCUUAAAGAAGAAGUUACAGGUCUGUGAGAGCCAGAAAUCUUGCUUGUUUGUAGGUGACCAAAUACUUAUUUUCCACCAUAAUUUGCAAAUAAAUUCAUUAAAAAUCUUUCUGGAUUUUUUUUUCUCAAUUUGUCUGUCAUAGUUGACGUGUACCUAUGAUGAAAAUUACAGGCCUCUCUCAUCUUUGUAAGUGGGAGUACUUGCACAAUUGGUGGCUGACUAAAUACUUUUUACCCCCACUGUAUGUGCAACAUUAAAUAAGGUAGUGAACAAAUGGAAUACAUCUGUUUUUAUCUUCUUUUUUUUUUUUACAACCCUGCAUUGAAACCAAAUCCUUUAACCUGCAAAUAUGCUAUCUUCAUUCUAGGUAUUAUAAUAGCUACUAGGCUACUGCAUGUCUUUCUCACAGGAAACAUCAACAUACAGUAUAGCCACUUAGUAUUUCCUCAGAAUGCAUGUUAAGCAAGACUUUGCUUAUGGACGUAAGGAAACGUUAGCACCAUUGGUAAUAUUAUUAAAAACAUACAUUUAUAUUGUAAAAAAAAACAAAAAAACAUUGUACACCAAUCAGACCCAAGUAUGUGCAAAUGUUAACAGGAGGUUGUUUGACAAACCGUGGAGGGUCUAUCGGGGUAGUGCACAUAUACUGUGGGAGUGUUUAAAGAUCAGAAGCAGGUGGAUGCGUGUAUUCUUUCUUGUUCAAGUCAUAUCACAGUAUGCUUAAAUUUUUUCUACUACAUUUCCCUCUAUAUAGAGCUGGUUUUACUGAUCAUCAUGGUGAUUGAGUGGAUAGAAAUAGAAGGUGUGUAUACAAUCUAAAAUUGUUUUAUUUCCAGUAUUAGUCACACGUUACUUGGCUUGCAUAUAAGCUGCUUUACAUCCGGGCCAUGACGAGACCAACUGAAGUAGAGUGGAGGCCAUGAACCAGGAAGUCCUCAGACAACCCUUCACCUUUGACUCCCAGCCCCAGGUGUAGUUCCUGCUUGAACUCUGGUCCUAUAUGGUGUCUGAAUUCUAUUCCUACAUAAUUAUUUAUUAACCCAUUGAGAGAUCGAGUCCUCAGACAGUCAGACACAAUCUCUGGACUGCUGUGGAAACAACCCUAGAGACUAAGGCUGGAUUCCAUUCUGAAAUCCUGGUUCCUUCCCUCAGCCCUUGACCUCUCCCUCUCACAGUCAUCAUGGGACUGGAAAUAAAGAAUAAAGAAGAGAUAAAAUGACAAUAGCACUCCCUACCCUUCUGGUAGUCUAAGUGAACCCUUUGCUAUCUAAUUAUCUUUCAUCCCAGUCCCUUCAGAUCUACAAGGAGACAGUUGUCAAGAAAAGAGGCAAGGGAGAAUUCUUUGAGAAUGGAAUGAAUCCCUGCUCUGCAACACCUGCUGGACUGGCCUGGAACCUCUCGGAGCCUGUUUCAAAGAACCCUGCCCUGGGGGCUGUCCUAUCUGCCUGUCUCCUCCACUGGUGCCUCCCCUGUUGCCUCCUGGCCCUCAGGCUGUCUCUCCUUCUCUUCCAUACUCUGUUCCCCUUCCUGUGUACCCACCUUGCUCCCCUCCUGCGUGGGCUCAGGUUCAACUGACACCUGGGAGGUCUCUGGGCUCUCAGGGGCCCCGGAAACCACCUCGUCUGGGACAGGGGAAGGUGGGGUGGGUGUGGAGGGUUGUGGGACCCCCUCCCUGGAGCGAUCCUCAGCAUGGCCCACGGAGCAGGUCUCACUGUGGGAGUCAGAGCCCCCCGCACCCUCGCGCCAGUACAGCCUCUGUCCUGGCAGUCUCUUGGUUUCCACACCAAACUGCUUUUUUACAACUACUGUAUAUUUUAAUACUGGUCCACCAUCAUUAUAAAAAAUAAUCACUCGUUCAGUUUUUCCAUUUAGUCUGACACAUUGCUCAGCGAUUACCCCUCUUGCUUAAUGGCUCACACAGCAUUGGUCAUUACAACCCACAGGACGUGUUGUCUCCAGCCAAACUUGCCUCUGGCUAGCAGCACAGCCUAAGCAAUUAGAUGAAUGCAUGAGGAGAGCUUUAACCUUGAAUUACCAUCUAGUGCUGACUCGAGCUAGCUCUAAUAAAAAUGUUAUGGAAAGUCACAGCUAUGCUAAUCUGGCAGGCCAAGCUAAUGCAGUUAGCCAGAGGAGAAUUUAAAGCUAUUAUUUACCCAAAGCGCCUGACAGGGUGCACUUGCUAUGCUAUCUGGGGAUCUGGAUAACCAUCAAUACAGUUUAUGACCCUGCCUGUCUCCACCCUCACCUUGUUUCCAUAUACAGAUUCUGAUAAUGCAGGGCUUUUGAUUUGUUUAUUCAAAAUUUUUAAAGAUAAUGAUGAAAUGCCUUUAAUGAUGAUGAUGAUGAUGAAGGUGACUCUCCUUUUCUCUAUCAGGUGCUGAACGAGGCAGUAGGGGCCAUGAUGUACCACACCAUCACCUUGACCAGAGAAGACCUGGAGAAAUUCAAGGCUCUACGCAUCAUCAUCCGCAUCGGCAGCGGCUACGACAACAUCGACAUCAAGGCAGCCGGAGAGAUGGGUAAGAGAGAGAAACCGAGAGGAUAGAGGAGAGAGGUAUAAGAUCAAACUGUAUUGAUCCUCUAAGGGGACAUUUUAUUGCAUCGGCCAAUACGACCGACACAACAUAGAAACAGCAACAACAACCCACUGCAGCCAAGACUUUAUGGAAUGUAGCCAAACCAAACACUACUUGUAUACUUCAAUACAUACCAUGUAGUUGAAGCAUUAUCCCCUAAAUACACAGACAACAGCUGUGAAAGCAUUGAUAAGAAAUACUCCCCCACAGAUUUCAUUUUUGCCCCAGGCAUGUCACUUCAUAAUUAAAACAAAAAUCCUCAUUAAACAUAGUAGCCUGGUGUGAAACGUGUCUUUAAUCUUACCUUUUUUUAACUGUUAUUAUUAUUAUUAUUAUGAAAAGCUUCAAUUUGAAUGAAUGUCACUCGUUGCCUUUCCAAGUGGGUACAUGUUUCUACAUGUUUCUUGGAUACUUAGUUGUUCCUUCCAUAACCAGCACAUUGCUGUGCACAGGGCUUCUACUUAUUUUUGGUGUUCUACUUCCCUCAUCCUGUCUUCCCUCUCUCUUUGCCAGGCAUCGCGGUGUGUAACAUCCCAUCGGCAGCGGUGGAGGAGACAGCCGACUCCACUCUGUGCCAUAUUCUCAACCUGUACCGGCGGAACACCUGGCUGUACCAGGCUCUCCGGGAGGGUACACGGGUCCAGAGUGUGGAGCAGAUCAGAGAGGUGGCGUCCGGAGCCGCCAGGAUCCGAGGAGAAACGCUGGGCCUCAUCGGCUUUGGUGAGUCACAGGAGAUGUCUGUCUUUGGCAGUAACGCACUCAGUUGUGAUAGUCCUUGGUUCACACACACACCACACAGCCAUAACAUUCUGAUCCGCUUCUGACACUGUAUUUGUGUGUAUGUCUAAAGGUCGUUCAGGGCAGGCGGUGGCGGUGCGGGCCAAGGUGUUUGGCUUCAACGUGAUCUUCUACGACCCGUACCUGCAGGACGGUCUGGAGCGUUCGCUAGGUGUUCAGCGUGUCUACACCCUGCAGGACUUGCUCUACCAGAGUGACUGUGUCUCCCUGCACUGCAACCUGAACGAACACAACCACCACCUCAUCAACGACUUCACCAUCAAACAGGUACACACACUCACAUGCAUGCAUGCAUGCAAACAUACACACACACACAAUCAUAAAAUAGGCCAUCAUUUACCAUGCACAUUACAGUACUGUGUACCCAGCCUCGUGGCCUAGUUGGUGAUCAGCACUGCCACCUACAGUCAGCUUUUCAUACUGCAUGCUGCUAUAGAAGUCUAACAUCAAUUUCCUCUUUGAAAUGUGAGGGGCGGUCUCAUCAAGGAAGAACCUGGUUAAUGUGCUAAUUAAUGAAUUUCAGCUUUUGUCAAGAUGAAGGGAUCACUUUUAUCCACGCUCAAUGAAUCUCUGUCUCUAUCUUUUGGUACACAGAAGUUUUAUUCCAUUUGCUUUUUGGGAUUUGAAUCUAAGCUGUUGUUACGAGGAGCAUACUGCAGGGCACCUUGGGGCUUUAUGGUUGAAAGCACCACUACAGGCACAUACUGUACAAGUGGGCUCCCACAUGUGUAUUCUCCAGGAGAGGGAAUGUCACUUAAUCUCAUUGCAGAUAUCUACUUUUGUUUAAGAUGCGUCAGGGUGCGUUCCUGGUUAACUCUGCGCGGGGAGGUCUGGUGGAUGAGAAGGCCUUGGCUCAGGCCCUGAAAGAGGGCAGGAUACGGGGGGCCGCCCUGGACGUCCAUGAGUCAGAACCCUUCAGGUGAGUGUGUGUUUAUCUGUGUGAAUAGAUAAGUUAAUCAACUCGAUUAUCCAGUUCACCUUAGCCAAUCUCUUUCUCUGGUGUGUGUAGUUUUACCCAGGGUCCUCUGAAGGAUGCUCCUAACUUGAUCUGUACUCCUCACACGGCCUGGUACAGUGAACAGGCCUCGCUGGAGAUGAGAGAGGCAGCCGCCACAGAGAUACGCAGAGCCGUCACUGGUACACACACACACACACACACACACACACACUUAUCACACUUAGAAACUCAUUUGGAGCUGAUUCUUUACUGGAAUGUUUUGGUUUUUCCGAUGCAGGCCGUAUCCCAGACAGUUUACGAAACUGUGUCAACAAGGAGUUCUUUGUUACCACAGCUCCCUGGACAGUGGAACAGCAGCAAAUGCAGCAGCAAAUGCACCCCGAACUCAACGGUGCCGCAUACAGGUAUCAAUCACAACCAAACAGACCAUUAUGUAGGGAACCCCUAUUUUUGGUCAGGUCCACCUCCUCUUGCGUAUAUAUUCCACAUAAGCAGGACUUACAUUUUUUUAUAAAAAGGGGGAUACAAUUAUUUAUUGGUACAGCAGGAGUCAUUUCCGAGCUCAGAAUUGUUUUGUUUUGUUCCCUGUAUUCAAUAUGAUAACUUAUUGUCUUUUCUAUUUAACAUUGGUGGUAUUUUAGUUUCCGUAGUGGCAUAUAGUGGAAAUGAAGCGCUAUGGGGGAAACAUUGAUUAGUUACUAACUACCAUCCCUUGCUAUUAUUUGUCAGGAAGUCACAGUAUUGACCUCUGUCUCUCACCCUAUACCUACUGUCUCAACUGGACUGAACUACUUCUCUUACACAGCCGAGUCAACCAAACCAUGGUACAGGCCAUAGGAACGGGGGGAAUGCAAGACAAAUUAUAUACCUAAUAGAGAACCAGGUAAAUACUACCAAUGCUGACCCACAAUGAUGGGCUCAGGCCCACCUGUGCUGAUCAAAGCAGGAACUGCUGUUGGUUUUCAUGAUACUGAAAAGUAUAGUCUGUGUCUGCUUUAUUUCCCACCCAAUAUACCCGCUCUGCCCAACCUCUCAUUGCACCCCCCCAUUUCCUACCCCAAAACCAACAAAUGUGGCCAAACCUAGCCACUUGUACCAUGACAAAUAAUUAAAAAAAUCUAUUACAAGGUAGCACAUAAUGGCAACCAUUUGAUUGUAGGUACAGUCAGCGUUGUAUUCCAUAUUCCUGCACAGGAAGUAUGAGGUCUACUUGGGUAUAUUUGUGACAUUUGUAUCAUUUUCCCUCUAAACCCCCCUUUUUCUCACACAGUUCAGUGUCUGUCCCCUGAAAUAUUCUGUCAGGAAUCUUUCCUUGACCUACCAUCCCUAGUCCUACACCAUUCCCUUAUGCCAAAUAGAACUAUAUUUUGUUAUCUGAGUGAUUUAGUAAAUCAAGAUAUAUUUCUCUGAUACGUUUAUCAGUUUCCCAAGAACAACAGAUGAGGUCUUGUGGUCGUUUUGAAUCCAGAAUUGACAUGUAAGAGUUGAAUCAGUUUUCAGAUUUCAUGAUGACUGUUUUGCACCACACUAUUUCUCCAAUGUGUGACUUCACUUUCUCACCACUGAAUUUGAUCCUUUGCCUCAUUUCUAAACUGAGGCAACACAUGUUUUUAAAUGUAGCUUAUCAGGUUGUUGUAACCUGAGGUAUUGUUAUGGUACCAUGUGACCUCACCAAUGUCUCCCUGGCACAGGUACCCCCCUGGUGUGGUUGGUGUGGCCUCUGGUGGGAUCCAUGGGCCAAUGGAGGGGAUGGUGCCUGGGGGGGGUGCCCAUCGCCCACACCCUUCCCUCCGGUACCCACCCCACCCAGGCCCCGUCCCCCAACCAACCCUCCAAACACGGGGAGCCCAUGAGAGAGCACAUGACCGAGCCAUAA